AGCAGAGAGAGACGAAGAGAGAGCGGUAGGCGUUGGGACGAUUAGCAGUGCUUUUAUCUGGGGGAGGUGGGCAAAAGACAGUGGAAAAGGGGUAUGUUGGGCUUUUCAGAUACCAGGCCCAGCUGAAAUCUCAAAAACAACAAUGGAACCUGCCUGAGAAAGCCCACUUUGCGCGUGUGGUAAGGUGUGUCCUGGCCCCGCGCCCCCUCUGUGGAUGUCUGUCACCAUGGCAAAGUUUGAAACAGGCCGCACAAGCCCAGUGGUCCGGCAAAUAGACAAGCAGUUCCUGGUGUGCAGUAUCUGUCUGGAACACUACCACAACCCCAAAGUCCUGCCCUGCCUGCACACCUUCUGUGAAAGGUGCUUACAGAACUACAUUCCUCCUCAGUCCCUGACACUGUCCUGCCCGGUGUGCAGACAGACCUCCAUCUUGCCGGAGAAAGGUGUGGCAGCACUGCAGAAUAACUUCUUCAUUACAAACCUCAUGGAGGUGCUGCAGAGAGAUCCAGAAUGUUCUCAGCCAGAGGCUUGCAGUGUGCUGGAGUCCGUCAGUGUUGCGGCCGCUGGGAUACCACUCACCUGCCCCAAUCACGAGGGCAAGGUGAUGGAGUUUUACUGCGAGUCUUGUGAGACGGCCAUGUGUCUGGACUGCACUGAGGGAGAACACCGGGAGCAUGUGACCGUUCCACUGCGGGAUGUUCUGGAACAGCACAAAGCAGCGCUAAAGAACCAGCUGGAUGCCAUACGCAACAGGUUGCCCCAGCUAACAGCGGCCAUCGAGCUGGUGAAUGAGAUCUCUAAACAGCUGAUAGAGAGGAAGAGCGAAGCUGUCAGUGAGAUCAAUUUGACCUUUGAGGAGCUGGAGAGAGCACUGCACCAACGCAAAGCUGCGCUCAUCACAGACCUGGAGAACAUCUGCAGCACCAAGCAGAAGGUUUUGCAGGCACAGUUAUCCUCCCUUCUGCAGGGAAAGGAGCACAUCCAGAGCAGCUGCAGUUUCACCGAGCAAGCCCUGAACCAUGGCAGCGCCACUGAAGUCCUACUGGUACAAAAACAGAUGAGCGAGCGUGUUGGCGCCCUCGCCUGCCACGACUUCCCUGAGCAGCCCCAUGAGAACUCCCACUUGGACUGCCAGAUAGAAACGGAAGGCCUACGGCGCUCCAUUCAGAACCUGGGUGUGCUGCUGACGACGGGUGCUGUGGGACACAUGAGUGUAGCCACGGGCGAAGGGCUCAGACACGCCCUGGUGGGUCAGCACGUGACCGUAACUGUUACCACUAAGGAUAAGGACAGCGAACUUGUGCGAACUGGUAAUGCAGUGCUCCGAGGGGAGAUAACUGGGCAGGAGGGAGCAAGGGUGACCGAAGUAGAAGUUGUGGACAAUAAAAAUGGAACUUAUGAGGUAGGGUACACACUUAAAAGUGAAGGAGAGUUUUUGUUUUCUCUGACGCUAUACGGACAGCCCGUGAGGGGCAGCCCAUUCAGGUUACGGGCGAUAAAGCCGUCCGAUGUGCCCCAGUCUCCGGACGAUGUGAAGAGGAGGGUAAAAUCACCCAGCGGGACAGGUGGGCACAUCAGGCAGAAAGCAGUGCGGAGACCCAACAGCAUGUACAGCACAACUAAGAAGAAGGAAAAUCCUAUUGAAGAUGAGCUGAUUUACAGAGUAGGCUCUCGGGGUAGGGAGAAGGGAGAGUUCACUAAUCUACAAGGCAUCUCUGCCUCCACCAGUGGGAGGGUCAUUGUAGCAGACAGCAACAACCAGUGUAUACAGGUGUUUACAAAUGAUGGCCUGUUCAAAGCACGCUUUGGGGUCAGAGGUCGCUCACCGGGACAACUGCAGAGGCCAACAGGAGUGGCAGUUGACACAAAUGGAGACAUUAUUGUAGCUGAUUAUGAUAACAGAUGGAUCAGCAUCUUCUCUCCUGAUGGAAAAUUCAAGAAUAAGAUCGGGGCUGGCCGUUUGAUGGGACCUAAGGGUGUGGCUGUGGACAGGAACGGUCAUAUCAUUGCAGUAGAUAACAAAGCCUGCUGUGUUUUCAUCUUUCAAUCCAAUGGCAAACUAGUGACCAAGUUUGGAGCCAGAGGCACAUCAGACAGACAGUUUGCAGAAAAAAGUGUUGCAAAGUUUGCACUGGAGCAAAAGUUUAGUAAAUCUGGUCCUGUUUUCAGUCCACACUUUGUUGCUGUUAACAAUAAAAAUGAAAUUGUUGUGACAGACUUCCAUAACCACUCUGUUAAGCUGGUUCCUGCCUCCUCCUUGCCCAUCUUAAGAACCUUGUUACACUGGUGCCGAAACCCAGGAAAGAGGAGGGAUGUGCUGUCGGAGAGCCCUCGCCGCUGAUGGAAGGGCACGGCGCAGAGGAGGUAUGGUCCGGUGGUACUGGAGCUGUCUGCCAGGGGGCGGAGGAGCUGCUGCCAACCGCCAGGGGGCGGAGAGGACCAGCCGACAGCGUGUUCAUUUACGGCGAGCCAGUUUCCUCUCUCCCUCCCCUCAUCCUACUCAGAUUCCCAGGAGGCGGGGAAGACCAGCCAGCGGAAGGACGGCCGAAAGGGCAACACCUCCCCUCCAGGAAGGGGGGGGAGUGGAGUAAGUCAGACUGGAGUUUUCCCCGUCCUGAAUCGGGCGUUGGGGGUAUGUGACGGCGAGGAGGCCGGGCCGUAACUAUGGACGCCUGCCGCUGAAUCAGCCCAAUCAGCCGGGAGAGGGAUAAAGUGGAGCCGGGGAUGCCAGUUCGAGAGAGAGAGAGACACGCAGCAGUCUUGUGUGUGUGUUUUGUGUUAUGCUGGAAAACAGUUUUAGUUUCAAGUUUUAUUGGUCACAUAACCAUACACAGUACGACAUGUAGAGAAAUUCUUGGUACGACUUUUCUCCCCACAGUUUACGAUAAAAAAAAUAAAAUAGAUAGAUAUAUAUAUAUAUAUAUCUAUCAUACAAUAAAAUAGGAGAAAGAAGAAAUAUAUACUGUAUGUACAAAGUAUGCAUAUGAAAUAGUGCAUAAUGACAGAUGUAGAGUUGGUAGCAGUAACAGUUUGACUGGCAAUAUGUUCAUUGUGCAAGGUAAAGUGCAAUUGUGCAGUAAUGUUGAUCUGCAACAGGCUGAUGUUAUAGAGGUGAUGUUGUAGGUGUAAUAUAUGAUAAUGCAGAGUGUAAUAUUGCUUCAAGUGUGUGUUGUUGAAUAGUGAAACUAGUCCUGGUGUUGUCCUUGGUUCAGGACACGGAUGGGCAGGGGAAAGAAGCUCCUUCUCAUUCUCUCUGUUUUGGCCAUCAGGGAGCGGAAGCGUUUCCCUGACCGCAACAAAGAGAAGAGUCCAUUAUUAGGAUGGCUUUCAUGAUCUUCCUGGCUUUGGUCCAGCAUCCUUUGCUGUAGAUUGACUGCAGGUCAGGGAGUUUGAUGUGGGUGAUGCGCUCAGCUGAUCGCACCACUCUUUGUAGAGCCAGUCUAUCUUGUUUUGUGCAGUUUCCAAACCAGGCUGUGAUGUUUCCUGUCAGGAUGCUCUCAAUGGUGCAGGUGUAAAAGUUUUUUAGCACCAUAGAGGGCAGUUUAAAGUCCUUUAAGCGCCUGAGGUGGUAAAGACACUGACGGGCCUUCUUCACCAGGGUGUUAAUGUGGCAGGUCCAUGUGAGAUGUGUAUACCAAGAUAUCAGAAACUGUCCACUCUCUCCACUGUGGCCCCGUUGAUCAUAAUGGUUCCUUGCUUGCUUUAUGCUGAAGUCCACUAUCAGCUCCUUUGUCUUGCUGACAUUCAAAAGGAGGCUGUUCUUCUGGCACCAGUCCUCCAGGCCUUUUGAUCUCCCUCAGAUAGGCCAUCUCGUCGUUAUCAGAGAUCAGGCCCACCACAACAGUGUCGUCAGCAGACUUGACCAUGGUGGUGGAGUUGGAAGUGGCCACACAGUCAUAAGUGUACAAUGAGUACAGCAGGGGGCUUAGAACACAACCCUGGGGGGCUCAAUGUUGUUUUGUUCAUUUGUUUAUUAAAAAUUUACAUUGACUGCUCAGGUGGUUCCUGCCUCCUCCUUGCCCAUCGUGUGAAUCCGUUAUAUCAUUAUACUAGGGAUGUGCACGGAUAGUCGUUAUUCGGUGAACCAUUCAACACGCCUGUAUUCAAAUCUCGAAAUCACUAUUCGGUUAUUCUACAUGUGCAAUGAGGUCUCCGAUCCGAGCCUGACAGUACGGGUCAGUUUUUCCAAGUAUAGGUCAAGUAAGGGGCUGUUCACACGUCUCUGCUGUUUUUCCAUUUCUUUUAAAUUUUUUAUUUUUUUAUUUAAACAAGCACGGGUCUGACGUCUUUAACUGUUGCGCAGGACCACUGCAUUUUUUUUAGACGACGUUCCAAGUUAAAAAGAACUUCAAAAUGUAUAGAUUCAUCUUGACACAGCUUUUUUUUUUUUUUUUU